CGAUCCUACGACGGCAGUAUAUUUGGUCGCCAAAUUUGCAUAUCACACGGGGCAGACGCUGCCAUACCGUAUUCCCUUAAUUCCUUCCUUUCCCACACAACUUGCACAAGGCCUCCAAUUGCCUCAUAACUCUUCUGACUAUGGAGCUUGAAUCCGUCUUCGCAAACGGCUUUCGCUCGAGACGACUCAUCUACCGGGCGAUCGAGAGCAACGAUGCCGACAAGGAUUUCAUCCACAGCCUGUUUCUCGACCCUAUUAACAUGGCCCUAGCCAGCCCUCAAAUGUUCAACUUUGCUAGCAAGAAAGACUUCCUUGCCAAUUUCGACAAGUGGGUCGAGGGCGCCAUGCUGAAAGCCAUGAUAUGUCUUCCGGCCGAGGAAACCGACGAAGAGGUCCUCAAGACUGCGGCGAUGCUGCCUGGGGAGAAGAUUGUGGCAGAGUCGGCAAAGGCUACCCCUAUUGGGUACCUUCUGCUAGGCAAGGUCAGCGACAAUUCCAUCCACAGGCGGAAUCCCAGCCUGGGAAUCCAAAUCCACGAAAAGUACCAGAACAAGGGAUACGGUGGCGAGGCUGUCGACUGGGCCAUGGACUGGGCCUUCAACUUUGCCAACAUCCACAAGCUCGAGAUUGGCACGAGUGCAUUCAACGAACGGGCCGCACACUUGUACCAGAGGCUGGGGUUCAAGAUUGAGGGUAGACGGCGUGAUUUUCUCUAUGUAAACCGGAAGUGGUACGACCUGAUUGAGAUGGGGAUGCUUGAGAGUGAAUAUGAGGAGUUGAGGGGGUUGAAGUAGUGGGCGGUGGGCUGUCUGCUGUUAUUUUUGGCGUUGCUGAUAUUACUUGACGAUCGUCUAUGAUGGACCGUGGGGAAUGUAACUUGUCUCUGUUUCUCCUUGUGUUUGAGCAGAUCGGCCUUCCAGAAUACAAUCCUCACCACCGUCCCACGAGGCCAGGAAAUGAAUAUUCGGGCCGGGCCGGGCCGCCAAGAUGCCGCCUGUCGGCUCAAAAAUUGGGUCCAGUCCAAGCAACGCUGACAGCUGGCAAAGCCCGAGUGCAACCCGACGACAAAAACUAGAGCCUCAGGAC